CCAGGCACGGGAGCGCAGGGAAGGGAGGGGGAGCUGGAAACUCGCGCGGAAGGGAAAGCAUCAUACUUGCAAAGGAUGUGCAAAAUCAUUUGAACCAUCCGGAAGAUGUUGACACGCGACAUGUUAGCUAAAACCGAAGCGGCUGCUGGGACCAGCUCUCGCCUGUUUUCUUGUUAGCGUCCCGUGCAACCAAGCGAAGGUCCAAGCCGGAGAAAGUGUCACCUUUAUCUCCUCCAGGUCAAAGCAAAGGCCACCAGCAUGCCUAUUCACGACCCUGACAGCAUCCUAAGCUAUCAGCGGCCAGAUGAGGAAGUGGUAAUAGACCAAGGUGGGACAAGCUCGGUGUUGAACAUCCACUAUGAGAAAGAAGAACUUGAAGGUCACAGGACUCUCUUCGUGGGUGUUCGGAUGCCCCGACAGAGCCAUCGACACCACAAGGCUCAUGGCUCUCGGCAUCGUAAGAAAGACAAGAGGACAGGAAGCAUUACAAUGCAACAAAGCGGCGGAAAUGAGAAGAUUCCCUGUCAUGACACGCCGUCCCAGCGGGUCCAGUUCAUUCUGGGAACUGAAGAAGAUGCUGAGCAUGUGGCCCACGAGUUGUUCACUGAGCUUGAUGAGAUCUGUGUGAAAGAUGGCAAAGAUGCUGAGUGGAAGGAAACGGCCAGGUGGCUAAAGUUUGAGGAGGAUGUGGAGGAUGGGGGUGAGAGGUGGAGCAAGCCGUACGUGGCUACGCUUUCUCUCCACAGUCUCUUUGAGUUGCGGAGUUGCAUCAUCAAUGGCAGUGUGUUGCUCGACAUGCAUGCUGACUGUAUUGAGGAGAUUGCAGACAUGGUCCUGGAUCAUCAGGAGGCUUCUCAUGAACUGGACGACAGUGUGAGGAUAAAAGUGCGGGAGGCCUUGCUAAAGCGGCACCACCACCAGAAUGAGAAGAAGAAAAACCUCAUGCCCAUCGUGCGCUCCAUUGCAGAGGGGACUCGCAAACAAUCAGAGCCUCAUCUAACAGCUGGGUCAGCCACAUCUCCGCAACCUGCACCCCCAAUAGAGCCUGCCAAGAAUGGCGCAGGACAGGAUGGGCAUCAAGUGGACCUCAGCAAAGUGGACCUUCAUUUCAUGAAGAAGAUCCCAGAGGGAGCUGAGGCCUCUAAUGUCUUGGUCGGAGAGCUGGACUUCUUGGAGAGACCCAUUGUGGCCUUUGUUCGCCUGUCCCCUGCUGUGUUGCUCACUGGCCUCACCGAGGUCCCAAUACCCACAAGAUUCCUCUUCAUUCUUUUGGGCCCUGAUGGAAAGGCUCAGCAAUACCAUGAAAUUGGACGCUCUAUGGCAACUAUUAUGACAGAUGAGAUCUUCCAUGGUGUGGCAUACAAGGCAAAGGACAAAAGUGACCUGCUAGCUGGGAUAGAUGAGUUCUUGGACCAAGUGACUGUCUUGCCCCCCGGAGAGUGGGACCCUUCUAUUCGUAUUGAGCCUCCCAAAAAUGUCCCAUCUCAGGAGAAGAGGAAGAUGCCUGGUGUCCCAAAUGGGGCAGUCUACCAAGUAGAAGAAGAGCUACAUGCGGAGCACCAUGGACCUGAGCUGCAGAGAACUGGAAGGUUGUUUGGUGGUUUGAUAAUGGACAUCAAAAGGAAGGCUCCCUUCUAUCUGAGUGACUAUAAAGACGGUCUGAGCCUGCAGUGCGUGGCCUCUUUCCUCUUCCUAUACUGUGCCUGCAUGUCUCCUGUCAUCACCUUUGGGGGGCUGCUUGGAGAGGCAACAGAGGGACGCAUUAGUGCCAUUGAGUCUUUACUCGGUGCAUCCAUGACUGGGGUAGCCUACUCACUGUUUGCUGGCCAGCCUCUCACGAUUCUGGGUAGCACAGGACCUGUCCUAGUCUUUGAGAAAAUCCUUUUCAAAUUCUGCAAGGACUACAACCUCUCCUACCUGUCACUAAGGGCCUGCAUUGGCAUGUGGACAGCAUUGUUGUGUUUGUUGCUAGUUGCCACAGACGCCAGCUCUCUGGUGUGCUACAUCACUCGCUUCACAGAAGAGGCCUUUGCCGCCCUCAUCUGUAUCAUCUUCAUCUAUGAGGCCUUGGAGAAGCUGUUCCACCUGGGAGAAAUUUACCCUUUCAAUGCACACAGUGAUCUGGACAAGCUCACACUAGCAUACUGCAGGUGUACAGAGCCAGUUAAUCCGAGCAAUAAAACUUUAGAACUGUGGAGCGAGAGAAACAUCACAGCUGCUUUUGUUCCUUGGGCCAACCUCACUGUCAAGGAAUGUAUAAGUCUGCAGGGACAUUUUGAAGGGACAUCAUGCGGCCAUCACGGCCCCUACACCCCAGAUGUCCUCUUUUGGUCCGUCAUCUUGUUCUUCUCCACUUUCUUCAUGUCAGCAUUUCUCAAACAGUUUAAAACAAGUCGCUACUUUCCUACCAAGGUGCGGUCCAUGAUUAGUGACUUUGCAGUCUUCCUCACAAUUGUCUUCAUGGUAUUGCUCGAUUACAUCAUAGGGGUACCCUCCCAGAAGUUAAAGGUGCCCAGCAAAUUCCAGCCCACCAGAGAUGACAGAGGGUGGCUGAUCAACCCAAUAGGACGUAACCCCUGGUGGACGGUCCUGGCAGCGUCCAUCCCUGCUCUUCUUUGUACCAUUUUAAUCUUCAUGGACCAACAGAUAACUGCUGUCAUCAUCAACCGGAAAGAGCAUAAACUGCUGAAAGGUUGCGGGUACCACUUGGACCUACUGAUGGUGGGGCUGAUGCUGGCCGUGUGCUCCAUCAUGGGUUUACCGUGGUUCGUAGCUGCAACUGUUUUAUCCAUCUCUCACGUGAAUAGUUUGAAGCUGGAGUCCGAAAGCUCAGCUCCAGGAGAGCAGCCUCGCUUUCUGGGCAUCAGAGAGCAGAGGCUCACUGGUCUGGUCAUCUUCUUGCUCAUGGGAUGCUCUGUAUUCAUGACUGGAGCGCUUCAGUUCAUUCCCAUGCCAGUGUUAUAUGGUGUCUUCCUUUACAUGGGCGCCUCAUCCUUGAAAGGCAUUCAGUUCUUUGACCGGCUGAAGUUGUUCGGGAUGCCAGCCAAGCAUCAACCUGACUUUAUCUACCUGCGUCACGUACCCUUGAGGAAGGUCCAUCUGUUCACGGUCACUCAACUGACCUGUCUCGUGCUCCUCUGGGUCAUCAAGACUUCACCGGCUGCUAUCGUCUUCCCUAUGAUGGUGCUGGCCCUGGUAUUCAUCCGCAAACUGCUAGACCUGUGUUUCUCCAAUCGGGAGCUAAGCUAUCUGGAUGAUCUAAUGCCAGAAUGGAAGAAAAAAAAUCUUGAUGAUGCUUCCAAAAAGAUUGAUGAGGAGUCACAGGUUAUGCUCUGUCCAAAAAGUGAAGAUGCACCAACGGUUCACAUUCCCCUGGAAAGCAAUACAACACUGCAGGCCUCAAAAGCCCAUGACCCCAGGUGUGAUCCCUCUGAUAUUAAUAUAUCUGAUGAAAUGUCUAAAACCACCAUGUGGAAAUCUCUCAGCUCCAAUCAAAAGGACGCUCGUCCUGUUUCUGCUAAGAAGGAUUGAAGACAUUGCCUUCAUUGAUGAGUAAAGAUUCCUGCAGUGGAUGCAGCUUUUCCACAUAACUGUCCAACUGGAGCCCAGGAUGUGAUAUGGCUGUUUGGGACCGUGGUCAUCCGAGUGCUUUGGGAAAGUCUCUGUAAUUACUACCUGCUCAACACAACACUUAGAAAGGAGUAAAGUCCAUCAAGAAGCUUGAGCACAUACAAACAUGCACACACAUUCAGACCCAUGCAGAUUGACGAGUUUCAAUGGAGUCUAAUAGCAAGAAGAUUGUCUGUUGGGGUGAACAUUUUCCCACUAAACAUAAUAUGAAAUUCAAUGGAAACUGUAAACAUAUUGCCUAAAAAAACAUAACUAAAUGAAAUGAAAUUAUUUCUCUUUGAAAUAUAUUUUACUUUGACAGGUCAUAAUUCGUAUAAGAUUCACACCCCCUCAAUGUGAGCAUCAGGCAAUUUCAUAAACAUAUUUUAACAUAUUUUUAGGUUAUGACUUGUCUGUACGUGUAUCUAGAUGUAAAAUCGGGUCUUCCUUGGCCCUUGUCUCUCCUCUAAUACAUAUUCGGAGUAAAUGCUAAUAUUAACCUCAUCUCGUUAACGUGAUGAAUAAUCGGUCAAGAUAAAUCAAAAUGGACAAUAUAGACUACAAAAUGAUAAUUUAGUGCCAGAAUCGUCUUAAAUUUGAUGGGAGCACUAUUCAUUUGAAUGUCAUUUUAAUGUUAAUAUAAAAUGUUUUUGUUUUUUUUUUUAAUUUAAAUGCUGCGUGUUAUUACUGUUAUUUAUGUGUGUUGCCAUGGAAGGAACUGAAGACUUGAUGUUUUAAAUGCAAUUUUAAAGUGAAUGUUAGGUCUUCAUAAAGGAAUUUUCCAAAAACAGAAGAUUUACACAAAUUAAAUGAUUGAACUGAGGAAAUGACAAGCACAGCAAUACAAUAACAAGUUGACAAAUUUUUAGCCUUAUGCACAAGUGGCUCUCAAAUACAGAAGUACAACAGGUGUCCAUCACCACUGCGCAAAAUGAAUUGACCUUCCUGGGAAUUUCAAAGCUGGGUUGGUUAGGAGAUUCCAUUAAGAACAUAUUGUUUCAUUCAUUUUUCCUUUUUUUCCCCCAGUUUCCUAAAAAUAAAAGCAGAGGUGGGUAGUAACGCGUUCCAUGUACUCCGUUACAUUUCCUUGAGUACAUUUUUGAGAACGAUGGACUUCUAAGGGUAGUUUUACUAAGCCAUACUUUUUACUUGAGUAGAUUUUUGAAGAAAAAUUGCUACUCUUACUCCGUUACUUUGGGUAACACAAGAGUUACAUUUUUCCUCUUCAUUCUACAUAUUAGAUUUUUUUUUUUGCCAGAGAUGCCAAGAGUAGCUCUACCAAUUUCACCAAUGAGACGUCGCAAUAAUCACAUGACUCCAUUACACCAAUCUGAUGCAAGCUUGCCGUUCUAUGAUCACGGCAGCCUGUUCAAUUAUGUGGCGUCUUUAAAGCACGUAAAAAAUCAAUUAUUUGACAUAGAGCGCUGCCCUCAACAUGACUUGAAAGCGUGGCUUUAAAACCUCUCUCCAAGUUUUUAUUUGGCACCGAUUGACAUUGGAGAACCGGAGAUGUGAUCCUUUUAUUUUCAUAAUAGUAACUAUGAAGAAACUACAGUGGUACCUUGACGUACGAUCGCUUUAACACACGACCUUUUAGACAUCUUAACGUAAAAUUUGACUCGCCAUUUGUUUCUACAUCUGACGAAAUGCUCGAAAUACGACAAUAUAAGACAGCAUCGCAAUUUCCCCUCAAGACAGACGCCCAGUGGAUUUUCUUUUGAGAGAAAUCCACAUGGGUUCCAAGAAUGUUAAAGCAGGUGGUGAAAAAAGAAAAUAAGGUGUGUUUACCAUUGAAAUGAAGAUGGAAUGAUAGAAAAAUGAACUGCUUUUACAAUACACCUCCGAUCACCGUUCUUUAUAAGUUAAGGUGUCAAUUAUUAUCAGGUUUUUAAUAAUUUAUUUCAGAAUUUGUGUAACUCAACACGCUAACUGCCAGCAACAAUAGGACGUUAAAAGAGAAAGUAAUAUCUCAACUGUACUUGCUCUCUCUCUGUCGUCAGCCAAGCGGUGCGUUCAGGUAUACCGCACAAAAUACAUCUGCCACAUUAGAACACGAUUUGUUACGUUAUUACAGGUAUUAGUAGUAGUAGUAGUAGUAGUAUUUUAUUAUUCCAAUUUUUAUUCAUAAUAUGUUUUUCUCUUUGUAAUUGCUAUUUGCAAUAGUAACAGAAGUAUUUACUGUAUUUAUAUCCUGCUCGACAUACGACCAUUUCGACUUACAAACGAGGUCCUUGAACGGAUUAACUUUGUAUGUAGAGGUUCCACUGUACUGUAUUCACUAUUCAAACUCGGAACUAUUUUCUCCAUGAGAGGGCACUCAUGCUCUUUGUUUGAAUAAUGCUUCAUUUCUGUCUUUUUUUUUUCUUUCGCCGGAAUUCAAUGAUUUUUUUUUUUUUUGCAUUUCUUUGGCUUAUCGUGGUUAUUGUACGACAUUAUUGUACAGUAUCAUAACAGUAUAACAACAGUUCAUAUAGAUACGUUUUUAAAAAAUCAAACAAAAAUAAGCAGUUGCGCACAAUGUUACUCAUUACUUGAGGAUUCUUUUCACUGGAUACUUUUUUACUUGUACUUGAGUACAUUUUUUGGAUGACUACUUUUACUCGAGUAAUAUUAUUUUGAAGUAACGCUACUCUUACUUGAGUAAAAUUUUUGGCUACUCUACCCACCUCUGAAUAAAAGUACUAGUCCUAAAAAAAUUAGCAUAUUGUGAUAAAGUUAAUUAUUUUCUGUAAUGCACUGAUAAACAUUAGACUUUUAUAUGUUUUAGAUUCAUUACACACAACUGAAGUAGUUCAAGCCUUUUAUUGUUUUAAUAUUGAUGAUUUUGGCAAAACAAAUCAAGAAAAAACAAAAAUCCCCAUCUCAAAAAUUAGCAUAUUUCAUCCGACCAAUACAAAAAAGUGUUUUUAAUACAAAAAAAGUCAACCUUCAAAUAAUUAUACCAGCUAUGCACUCAGUACUUGGUCGGGAAUCCUUUUGCAGAAAUGACUGCUUCAAUGCGGCGUGCCAUGGAGGCAAUCAGCCUGUGGCACUGCUGAGGUGUUAUGGAUGCUUCAGUAGCGGCCUUAAGCUCAUCCACAGUGUUAGUGUCAACUUCCUCUUCACAAUAUCCCACAGAUUCUCUAUGGGGUUCAGGUUAGGAGAGUUGGCAGGCCAAUUGAGCACAGUAGUGCCAUGGUCAGUAAACCAUUUACCAGUGGUUUUGGCACUGUGAGCAGGUGCCAGGUCGUGCUGAAAAAUGAAAUCUUCAUCUCCAUAAAGCUUUUCAGCAGAUGGAAGCAUGAAGGGCUCCAAAAUCUCCUGAUGGCUAGCUGCAUUGACCCGCCCUUGAUAAAACACAGUAGACCAACAACAGGAGCUGACAUGGCACCCAAGACCAUCACUGACUGUGGGUGCUUGACACUGGACUUAAGGCAUUUUGGCAUUUCCUUCUCCCCAGUCUUCCUUCAAACUCUGGCACCUUGAUUUCCGAAUGACAUCCAAAAUUUGCUUUCAUCUGAAAAAAAGUACUCUGGACCACUGAGCAACAGUCCAGUGCUGCUUCUCUGUAGCCCAGGUCAGGCGCUUCUGCCGCUGUUUCAAGUUCAAAAGUGGCUUGACCUGGGGAAUGCAGCACCUGUAGCCCAUUUCCAGCACACGCCUGUGCACGGUGGCUCUGGAUGUUUCUACUCCAGACUCAGUCCACUGUUUCUGCAGGUCCCCCAAGGUCUGGAAUCGGCCUUUCUCCACAAUCUUUCUCAGGGUGCGGUCACCUCUUCUAGUUGUGCAGCGUUUCCUGCCACACUUUUUCCUUCCCACAGACUUCCCACUGAAGUGCCUUGAUACAGCACUCUGGGAACAGCCUAUUCACUCAGAAAUUUCUUUCUGUGUCUUAGCUUCUUGCUUGAGGGUGUCAGUGAUGGCCUUCUGGACAGCAGUCAGGUUGACAGUCUUGCCCAUGAUUGUGGUUUUGAGUAAUGAACCAGGCUGGGAGUUUUUAAAAGCCUCAGGAACUAUACCAGGGGUUUUGAGUUAAUUUGUUGAUUCAGAUGAUUAGGUUAGUAGCUUCUUUAGACUACCUUUUCAUGAUAUGCUAUUUUUUUUUUAGAUAGGGAUUUUUUUAUUAUUCUUGACUUUUUUUGCCAAAAUCAUCAAUAUUAAAACAAUAAAAGGCUUGAACUACUUCAGGUGUGUGUAAUGAAUCUAAAACAGGGGUGGGCAAACUAUUCCACAAAGGGCCGCUGUGGGUGCGUGUUUUUGCUGCAACCCAUCAAGAGGACACCUUUUCACCAAACUGGUGUGUUAUACGUGCAACCAGUUGAUUGCAGUCAGGUGCUUCUUGUUUCCAUUGAAACCUCAUUGGUUAAAAGCUCGGUGCUGGAUCAGUUGAAACAAAAACCAGGAUCCACUGCGGCCCUUGAUGACCAGUUUGCCCACCCCUGAUCUAAAAUAUAUGAAAGUCUAAUGUUUAUCAGUACAUUACAGAAAAUAAUGAACUUUAUCGCAAUAUGCAAAUUUUUUGAGAAGGACUAGUAUAAUUACUGUGGAUCACUUUACUCAUUGAUGGCCCAAAGUGCUGGGCCAAAUGAAUGAGACAAAUUAGUAAGCAACAAAAUGGUUGAGUCAGCUAUUGAAUGUGUGUUUGUUGGCCAUCAUUCCCUGAAUUCAGUUCGUAUUGUAAAACUAGCAUGAUUUUUAUGUACCGAUAUAAACUUGUACAUAAUUAUUAGAGGAUCGACGUCAGUGGAAGCAGCCAAAAGUCUAGUGUCUUAUUUCUUUACCUCAGAUAAGCUUGUUAAAACUCCUGCAAGGCACUUUGGAUGGAGGAUAUUAGAUGUGAUGGAGCCUUUAAGUUCUACUGCAGUAAUUUUCAAACAUUUUUUUUUUUUUUUGAAGGGGUGGCGGUAAGGGUAAGGGUGAGGGGUUAUUUAAGCAAUAAUUUACCCAAAGUCCAUGUUGACUGAGAUAUAAGGAUCUCAAUAAUGACAUCUUUGUUAAUCAGGGAUCCUUUGUUGGAUUUGAACCUUGACGAAACUUGAGUGCAAAAUAAAUAAUUAAUUUCAUUCUGAAAGAAAAUUUUUAACAGUGGCACAUUUUCAUUCAUAACAAUAAUUUUAUAUUCUUAUACAUGGCUUUGUUUAAGGACAAGGUCAUACUUAAUCCACACUCGAUAAUACUUUAUUUGUAUAGAAGCACUUUCUAGAUAAAUCUAAGAUGUAUCUAUUCAACAAAAAGACCCUGUAACAACUAUAAUUAUUUAUUUUAACUAGUGAUAUUUCAUCUUGUUAUCUUGACUUUCUGUAUAUAACGUAAAAAGAAUGGUGGCUCACUUGAUACAUCUAUUCGCAUUUCUUUCUUUGCUUCUAAAUGAUCUCAACUUUAAAUAACUAGAAGAGUAAUGUAAAAGUGAUACAAGUUAAGGGUCGUAGAAUCUGCUUUUUACUUUCCAGUAAGUAGGAACACUAAUUGUUUCAUAGUCUUUUGCGCUGUAUAUUGACUCUGUAUCAUUUAGAUUGCAGUGCGUAGGCACAGUAAUCUUUCGCUGUUUAAUAUUGUCAUGUUGUAACACCUUCUAGGUCUGUAUGAUAGUUCUGUCAGAUAACGUCCUGUACUUUCAAUUUUAUGUGUAAAACAUUUGAAUGUUAAUAUUUCAUGUGUAUAUGAGGACCAAUAACAGAACUAAUCAGCAUGAUGUAAUUUACACACUAGUGUACAGUAUAUGUAUAUUCAAAGCCACAAGUGAGUUGAAAUUGAAUGUGACUAUACACAUAGAUAUGAAUAUUUUGAAAUCUCAGCAACCAUACCAAACUGUUUAAUUGAUGUGCGCUUAUAGCAUAUUUAUUUUACUCAUGUGUCCUGAUUUGACAACACAAUAAUGUAUAUGUGAAUGUAUGGUUGAUAUGCAGCCAAAAGUUGUCAGAUUUACUCAGUAGAGGUAGUAUGCAUUACAAGAACCACAACUUCAUGUAGCAUUAUCGGUUUAGAGCAUCACAAAGUCAACUUUGUCACAAUAAACUGGACUGUUCUUUUUCUACAUAUACAAAACCCGAUUUCUUUGAAGUUUAGGUGUGUGUAAAACAUAAUGAAAACAGAAUACAGUAAUUUGCAAAUCCUUGCAUCUACAAAUGCAAAUUAAAAAAAAAAAACUAUAGCAUGCAAAGUGAAGGCCUUGUAUCAACCACACCCAGAAACACUGCUGGCUUUUCUGGGUUUAAGCUCAUCUGAGAAGGACAUACAAAAACAUGGAGUCCACAUUUCAAAUUUUGUAUUUUUCAGGGAUGUCCGUGCUUAUUUCAGUUAGACAAUGUCAAGCCACAUUUUCACGAGUCAAGAAAACACAAUAAAAGAGUGUAAGUCACUGAUGUGAAAUGAGGGGCCGUUUACAUGGUGACGCUCCGACAAAAACAACAGAACACGAGUACACGACCCAUUUCAUGUUUGCAUUUGAAUGGUUCCGUCUUAAUUCCGUCUCCGUUCGAUGGAUGUUGCAAUUCCGCGUGAAGACAGUGUAGCAUUCACACCAGGCCCUAGCUUAUGAUGCACUUCCCUGACAAAAACCUUCCUCAGACCGGAAGACAAAUACCAGUCCACUUGACAACAUACUCACCCACUCGAAGCAAUGGCGUCCAUACGUUUUUUUUUGUUUUGUUUUUUUUUUUUUUUUUGCUUAAGACGUGCAAAAAUUAAUCGAUUGAUCGCCAACUAAUUGAUUAACCAAUUCACAUAAUUUUGGACUGUAAGCCGCUACUUUUUCCCCCUCAUUUUGAAUCCUGCGGCUUAUAGUUCAGUGCGGCUAAUUUGUUGAUUUAUUUGGGUUAAUACUUCACACUUUUUUUGCGACUGCCAUUAGACCAUCAUAAUUGUGACAUGACAUUAUGAAGUACAUCGUUAAAUCCAUUUAUGUCCAGCUUGGAUCUUUUCAUCCAUUGACAAUGACAUCCGUCAUAAGCAUUCAUUAAUGCUCAUGGCAGUAUCAUGUCACAAUUAUGAUGGUCUUAUGACAGUCUUAUGGCGCCACUGUCAAAUUAAGUGUUACCACAUACCAUAACUAGCAAUGAAUAAAACAACUGGAACAGUAACUGAAUUAGCACAGUACAUGAAUUUUGAUUGUUAUUUACAUCUGUAGUGCUGCAAUACAUGUUAGGAGGCAUGUUGGACGACAAUAGUGUUGACAGCAGGUGGCAGCAGAGGUUGACUGUCUCCCCCAAGGGUGCAGUGAUAGCCAAAUGACGCUUCUUGAAGAAGUGAAGCUUUGUAGCCAAUUUGUUGGGUGGUUUAUUUGAUCUUAUGACAGUCCUAUGAUGCCGCUGUCAAAUAAUAGUGUUAUCGGUUAAUAUAUUUUGGUGUAAAUAUCCCAUAAUACAGUGAAGACAGCUGCGGCUUAAAGUCCGGUGCGGUUUAUCUAUGAACAAAUGCCGUUUUCGUGUCCACCUUAGACUUGUCUAAAUUCUUGACAUUAUAACAUACAUACAGUAUAACUUCUCAGAUUUCUUCAUUAUAUUUUUGUUAAGUCAAAGUCAAAAAUCUGCUUUUACUUUGGAAAAUUCACAUUUUUGCCAAUUUUCAGAUCUUACAAUCUCACUGUCUAAACUAGCGUCUUAAUAAGGCUGCAACAACUAUUUGACUAAACCGGUUAAUAAAUUAGUUGCCAACGAAUUUGAUACAGUUGUAGACUACAGUUAAGUCAGGAAGCUGUAAUAAAAUAUUUUUUUGAAGGAAAUAGUUGUCGUUUUUGUCUUCAUUGUUACUAAACAACAUGCCUAAAACAACUUCAAGAUAAAUUGUGAAAAUAAUUGAUAAAAGUGACAUUUAUCCGAUUAAUCGUUUAAUUAAUCAUCCGUUUAAUCGAUUGUUUGCUGUUGUGAAUGUUUAGUAACAGCAACUGCGCAUGCUCAAAGUGAUGUGUGCGAGUGCAAACGUCAUCAGAGCGAGAGCGUUUCAUUAAUAUGAUUGCAGAGCAAGCCCCGCAACCGUAUCAUUCCACGUUGGAGGCCGGAAUAAAAAGUUUCCGUCUUCGCCUUCCGUUUUUGCAGUCACUGUGUAAAAGCGAGGCCAUUCCUCAACAAAAUCGUUGUGUUUUGGUGUCGCAGCGUCACCAUGUAAAAUAUGACAAUGGAAAACCCAGAGCAGCUAAAUCUGUAUAACAAGCAAGAAUUGGCAAGAAUUCCACCUUGCAAAGCUUUUAGUCCACGCACGAAUCCGCGAUUCUGCGACGGCGGAAUUUACCUCAAAUUUUGAAGCCUUCCCCAGAAAUCCAAACAGUCCGCGGAAUACAGGGCUCGGUGCAGAAUAUUUCAUUUUACCUGUAGUUUGCUUCAGUGGCAAGUGCCAAGCAAAGUGCAAAUACCAAAUGCUUUGCAAAAAGAAAUAAAGCGAGAGCCACAACACGGACGCAAAGGACUUGUAACAGAAGUGGAUUUAUAACAGCAGCACGUAGUGAUGGGCAGAUGAGGCCUCGUUGUGUGUGUAGCACAUUUUCCAAACUGUCGACAAUGUGAUGAAACCGUGACAUCAAAAUAAAAUUCCUGAGUGGUUCUUCAAACGAUGCAAAAUUGCACUUUCUUUUCACAAGAGCAAUAAAUGCAUUUUAAAAUAAAAUACUUGAUGUUAGCCUGAAACGAUAAUAAUAAAUUGCAUUGCAGUCCGCUAGCUUAAAUGCUAUGAAAUGCAAUUAUUUUUUUUUUAAAUUUUUUUUUUACAAUGCUCUUAUCAAAUCGUUCAAACACACAUUCCCACAAAAUAAAAUUACUGCAUAUACGUCAAAAACCUAAAAAAAACAAAAACCUACCUUAUGUUGGUCUUAAUAGGGAGUAGCUGGAUUCAGCCAUGUUGGAGAGUAGCGAGUACUUAUGUAGUGUUUUAUCUACAUUAUUACAAUGCCCAAAGCGCUUUACAUUAGCACACAUUUACCCUUUCACGCACACAUUCACACACCAAUGGUGCUGCUGCCAUGCAAGGCGCUGCCAACCCAUUGGGGGCAAGUUAGGGUUCAGUGCCUUGCCAAAGGGCACUUCGACAGUGGGCAGUCAUAGCCGGGAAUCAACCACUGACCCUUCGGUCCCAGGACAACUCAAGCUACCACCUGCGCCAUGGCCGACCACGUUACAUGAGUUAUGUCAAAUUCACUGUUGCCACUAGAUGGCAGUGUAUCCACCCAAAUAAGUAAAACUAAAUGCAACACUAUCAAAACAAGCCAUAACAACGUCACUCUAAUUAAACGAAUAUCCGAAGCAACAAAAUUUGAUUUGAAGCUUUUUCUAAUCGAAUUACUUGAGUUCAUCGAUUAAUCCUUGCAGCAAUAACACAAUAUUUUGCAGUUUUUAAGGAAUGAAAAAAAAAUCACUAAAAAAUUCUUGCAACAUUGUUGCAUUAAUUAUCUUUAGAACUGGUAAUUUUCGGUUGUUUUUUUUAAUGUUCAUGGAAAAAACAACUUUCAAUUCCAAGAAAUCAAGAAUUGCUCGCCAUGGAAAGUUUGUUCGCCACAGAAUCUGUUUUUUUUUUUUUUUUUGCCGCUGAUUCCUGCGAAUAGUUUCUCAGUUCCCAAACAUUUAGGUGUUGUAAAAAGUAAAGUUGAUAUAAAACGCAAAGGUGAACAGAUUUAUCACUUUCAAUGUCUUAUCUUUGCAGUGUAUUCCCUUGAUUAUAGUUUGUAGAGGAUUUGCAAAUCAUUGUUCACUGGUUUAUAACCCUUUUACAGCAACAUCCCAAUUUCAUUGGAAGUGGGGUUUGUAGUGUAGUAAAUAUACUGUAUAGUAGAGCAAAAGACAUGCUUAUGUUCAUGUAUAGCGAAGAUGUGCAUUGUGGCCCUCUGUUUCACAUGCCAUCAAGCUGAAAACUGCAGUUGAAAUGGAGCCAUAUAGAGCGAGUGCUCUCUACUAACACCACUCAAAGAAUGUCUUAAACUUAAGUGUACAUGUUUUAUAUUUAAGUAUAUGUAAUGUUGAUUUUUGAAUUAUGUACAAAGCAAAAUAAACUAUGACACAAUUUAA